CACGCGGUACACAGUGGAGUGAGAACAGCAACCUGUUCGUGUAUUUAUUUCUGUACCUUCUACUUCUCGGGGUUUGGUACAGUCUUACAGCUACAUAUAUUGAGAUCAAGGCUUGUUUGACUUUUUAAUACGUUUACAUGAUGAAUUUGAUAUAAUUAUCACCAAUUUCAUUUAACGGCGUCGUUUCUCCAAGGAAGAUUCCGCCAUUUUAGAAAGUGAUUGAACACCUCUGCAUUUAGUUUAUUGAUUGGUCUUUGUAAGAGUCAUGCAUAGGGUGGCACUAUAACAGACUUGGGAGAAAGGGAUCUGAAAGUGAAAUCAAGUAAUGCAGCAAUGACAGUACACCCAAGCUUGUUGACAGUCUUGUUGCUGUCACUGCUCUGUCCAUCUGUGGGUCAGCAGCAGAAGGCAGUGAUCAAGUUUGUCCAGACUUCCUAUGUCGUUGAUGAGGGACAACAGGUGUCCAUUGAAGUCUCCAAGACAGGAUUUUCAGCACCUCCACUCAAUGUGGUCGUCAUGGUGGUGAUGCUCUCUGACCAAAAUGGCAGCAAUGACUUUGUGGGAAACAGCCAGGCACUGACUUUUCCUAAUAACAGUUACAACAUCACACGGUCUGUCAGUUUCUUUGUCCUUGAUGAUGACAUUCCUGAAAGAGAUGAGGUAUUCACUCUACAGUUGUUGCUGUCCACUAAUUCUUCAGAAAAAGCUAUGAAGGGGGAUCCAUCAGAGGCCACCAUUACUGUUCGGGCCAAUGAUGAUGCAUUUGGAAUAUUUGCCUUUGCUGAACCCUCCCCAUACACGGUCAGUGAGGGUCCAUCCAGUGUCCAAGUACCACUCACUAUACAGAGAAACAGAGGCACAUUUGGAAAUAUUUCUGUCAAUUUUGAUUUGAGUGGCAGUGCUUUAGUAUCUGAAGAUAUCACUCCUGUAUCUGGAACUCUACUCUUUUUGGAAGGAGAAUCCAGCAAAGACCUCAUACUGACAAUUUUAGGAGAUAAUAUUCCUGAAAAUGAUGAAACUUUUGUUGUCACCCUCACAUCAGCCACUGGUGGAGCCAGCAUAAAUCUUACUCAAGACAGGCUGCAAUUGGUAAUACCUGCUAAUGAUGCACCAGUUCGAUUUACACAGGGUGAGUACAGGGUAGAGGAAACUGCAAUGUCCAUAGAUCUUUCUGUCACAAUAACACGAGGCCUUACUGAGGACGGCCAGACAUUUAUUGGGCCUAUCACUAAAGAUGCGUAUGUGUAUGUAACUUGUAUAUCAGGCUCAGCCACUGCAGGACAGGAUUUUUCUUGUGCUUCUAAUACUAGUUUGGUUUUCCAAGCUGGUGAGACCAGUAAAAGUUUUACCAUACAGAUAUUACCAGAUGAUGCUGCUGAGAUUGCAGAGGAAUUCUACAUUGUGUUGUUUAAUCCUAGCUCUGAUGUUGUUGUAAGUGAUCCGUAUAAUGUUAGCGUUAUAAUUGGAGCCAAUGAUGAAACACAUGGAGUGUUGAGCCUCAAAUCACCCAGUGCUACGUCCUUCCCUCAGACCUAUGUCAAUGAAGACACCACGUCCCAGCUGACUUUCUUCACAGUUAUCAGGAGUGGUGGAGCAUUCGGCACUGUCUCUGUAGACUGGAUUCUUUCUCGCAAUGACAGCAACCCAGACUCUGCCGCCACUGAUGUGACCCCCUGUAUCUGGAACUGUUCAGUUGAGUGAGGGCAUGAGA